GGAAGUAGAGUAACAUUACAACUCGGAACACUUGGCUAUAUACAUAUGCACAGACGAGCGAAAAUAUAUAUCAGGAAAUUUCGUUGUUGGGGAAAAAGAAAACAAUUACAUUACGGGACGGAUCAGAAGGAUUUGCACGCACAAUAGGGGAGUGCAGCAGCAACAACAGAAAAUUACUAUAAUAAUAAAGGAAGAAACGAGGAUUCAAAACUGGAGAGAAAAGCAUGGAGUAUUUUAUGGUACCAGCACAGAAGGUGCCUUCCUUGCAACAUUUUAGGAAAACGGAGAAAGAAGUGAUCGGGGGUCUUUGUAGUCUGGCGAACAUCCCCCUGACCCCGGAGACGGCGCGCGACCAGGAGCGCCGCAUCCGCCGCGAGAUCGCCAACAGCAACGAGCGCCGGCGCAUGCAGAGCAUCAACGCCGGCUUCCAGUCGCUCAAGACCCUCAUCCCACACAGCGACGGAGAGAAGCUCAGCAAGGCGGCCAUCUUGCAGCAGACGGCGGAGUACAUCUUCUCUGAGCAGGAGAAGACCCGGCUACUGCAGCAGAACACACAGCUCAAACGCUUCAUCCAGGAGUUCAGCGGCUCCUCGCCGAAGAGGAGGCGCACAGAGGAGAAGAUAGGGAUCGGGUCCCCGGACAUCCUGGAGGAGGAGAAGGUGGAGGACCUUCGGCGGGAGAUGAUCGAGCUCCGGCAGCAGCUGGACAAGGAGCGCUCGGUACGCAUGCUGCUGGAGGACCAGAUCCGCUCCCUGGACGCUCACCUGUACCCUGAGAAGCUGAAGGUGAUUGCGCAGCAGGUGCAGGAGCAGCAUGCGCAGACACAGGUCUCUCAGACUGCAGCACCAGCUGGAGAGAGAGUCCCCCAGCCAGAGAUGCCUUUCCCCCCCUAGGUGCUCGCCCCAGCCACGCCCCCCGCCCCCACCCACCAUGCUACGGUCAUCGUUCCAGCGCCGGCCUUGCCCCCGCAGCCCCAUCACGUCACCGUGGUAACCAUGGGCCAGACCUCCGUCAUCAACACAGUGUCCACAUCGCGCCAGAACCUGGACACCAUCGUGCAGCUGCCCGGGCUGGACGAGUUCCCUCCAGAAGAGCGGCCUGACGUCAGCCGCACAGCGCCCCGAGGCUGGGAGGCAGGGCGCUAUAUUAAGCCCCCGCGCCAUCAGAGCAGAGUGCGGCCCGCCAGUGUGUAG